UGCACCCAAGCCAUCAAUAAACACACUGUAUAGAAAAAAGAUCCAAUAAACUGAAUGGUGAUUGAGACUAACAUACUGCCUAACUGCCUCCUUCUUUGUUCCAUGGAAGAAAGAAAGUUAAAGUGGUUUGGAACAACAUGAGGGAGUAAGCUGCAGAUGAGACAGCGGAAAUCACAGCCAGCUGUUGCACUGACACACUUCCGCAAAUGGACGCGGGUAUCAAAAAAGUGCCUCUGUCUCACCUCACGCAGAGAGAACGCAACAAAGAUCUGAAUGUGGCCGUAGCCCCGGUGCCAUCGACCUACCACGACCUCUCCUGUGUCACGCAUUGCUGAUCCCUCAUACCAAAGCUCUCUCUCUCUCUCUCUCUCUCUUUCGCUCUCUCUCCCUUCAGCAAAACAGGCUUCUUGGUAUUUUCCAUUUUGACGCUACUUUAAGGACACACAUGGGUAUCUAACACAAGCACAGACACAAGUGCUAAUAUCAAACAUCUAGUGAAGAGUUUUAUUUGUAGUGAGGAAACUGAAAAUUGAGAAUUUCUGAAGAGAAGUAAAAGUCACUUAAUUUAAUAUAUAUGCUUUUACUGAUGCUGAUCUUCACCUUUAGGCCUUAGGAUUCUGACAAGAGGGGGUUAAAUGCUUUGCAUUCAAUGCACAAUUGUAAAUGAAUCAAUUGUAGUGAUGUCACAAUGUUACUUUCAAACUUUUAAAAGUAUGCUUUUGCUUUUAUGCGUUUGCUACAUGUAUGUGAGUAACAAAGAACAUCUAAUAAUUAGGCCUGUCCACUUUUAAGAAGUAUAUUCAUAUGCUUAUUUUAAAAAAGUGUUUCGAAUGAGAUAAAAUAAAGCAAUUUCCCAGGGGAAAAAAGUCUGUUUUCUCCAUCAAGUGAGACAAGAAUAUCAGAUUACAAACUGACAGAUGAUGCAUCAUGGUAUCAGCUAUCAGAAUUCUGUGAAAUUCAUUGCUUUCAGUUCUGAGCACUGAUACAAAGGUCAUCACUUUCAUGAUGGAUUCAGUCAAUUUUAGAAUUAAAGUGAUAUAUCAUUCAAAAAUUACAAUUCUGUCAUUAUUUAAUCACCCAUAUGUGGUUCCAAACCCAUAUGCCAUUCUUUGUUUUUUUUUUUUUUCAUGGAACACGAGGAGAAAUUCUUAGAAAUGUUUAUGCUGCUGUUUUUCUACACAAUGACUGCUGGGGCUGUCAGUCAAUAACAAACUGCCAAACAUCUCCUUUUGUAAAGAAAAUCAUACUGGUUUGGAAUUACAUACAAGCGAGUGGUGUAAAUCUCUAAACAUCUGCAUAAUUCCAGAGUCAAUUUCUAUCAGCAUCAUCCAAUGUCAGUUUCUUAUCCUCACAUUUUUUUUUUUUUAGAAAAAUCUGAGGUCAAGCUCAGAAUGGCAUGAAGUUUCAGGGCCAGUCUCAUGCGCUGGAUCUAGAGCUGUCAAUAUUGCAUCACUUUUGGAUUUUUGAGAGGCUCAAGUUUUAAUAAUAAUAAUAAUAAUAAUAAUAAUACAUUUAUUUAAAGCUACACUAUGUAACUUCUGGCCCUCUAGCUGUUAAAAAAUAAAACUGCAUGCAUCUUGCGGAAGAACAUUGUUUUGGUUGUGCUUCGGCUCUGCGUGGAUGAAUGUGGUUCGAGGCAUCGGUGUACACAUGGAUACAGGACAUCGUAUCACAGCGAAUGGACAAAUAAAUUAAGAAAGAAGGGAAAAGACGGAUAUCCGAAAACAUGUCAUCUGAGCAGUUUACAGGUUGGAAAGAUGUGGAUGAGGGCUGAAAUCUAGAGUCAAGGGCAUUGGGAUCUACCUGCCAUUGGCUGACCAGAUUGCUCAUUAAGGGGAGGCUACACCCUCACCUGGGAUCUGAGCAGACUAAGAGCGCUGCCAGGCUCCUCCUUUCGCCAGCCCCCGUCCCCUCCCCAACCCCGCCCCCUUUCCCACGCACACACCCCGGGGCUGGACCAUGUCUGGCGGACAGUCGGAGGGCAACCGGACACCCAAGGCCCAGGACAAGGAUCAGGACCAGGACAAACGUAGCUGCCGGGAGGACAGCCCAGUCAUCGAACGCCGCAACCGGAGCGGCAUCAUCAGCGAGCCCCUCAGCAAGAGCUUGAAGAGGUCUCGCACCCUCUCGCAGUACACUGCCGCCCACCCACAAACCGCCAAUGGACUGAAACACAACGGCCAGGCCAAGAACCACGCGGACAAGCCCCAGCCCGCCCAGCAGCAGCAGCAGCCGCCUUCCGCCUCGGCCUUGGUGCCGAGCAAGCUGGACCGGACCCUGGAGCAGGUGCUGGAGGGACAGAACGGCCUGUUGCACUUUGCCCAGGCAGCUGCGCUGCUUAAGCGGGCGGGCAUGGAGCACAUGCUUCUACCAGGGGGAAUGGGCGUGGGUGGGGUGGGGGGUGAGGUGGGAUCGGUUGACCUGGAGGGGGCGUCGGUGGCCGACACAGUCGGGGGUCACACAGACUUCCCGUAUGGCAUGGGCGGAGGCUUCCCCUUCAAUCCGGGCCUCUUCAUCAUGACGCCUGCCGGAGUCUUCCUCGCUGACAGUGCACUGCACAUGGCCGGCUUGACGGAGUACCCUGUGCAAAGUGAGCUGGCCUCUGCCAUUAGCUCCGGGAAGAAGAAGAGGAAACGCUGUGGCAUGUGCCCACCUUGCCGGCGCAGGAUUAACUGCGAGCAGUGCAGCAGUUGCCGGAACCGCAAGACGGGCCACCAGAUCUGCAAGUUCCGCAAGUGCGAGGAGCUCAAGAAGAAACCGUCUGCAGCACUGGAGAAGGUGAUAAUGCCGACGGGCGCGGCGUUCCGGUGGUUCCAGUAAGACUGUGACCUCUGAUCUCCACCCAAAGCUCUGCCAUCAAGUGCAAUGCCAACUCUCGCUUGGAUCAUCAUCUCGGGCACCAACACUGGCUGACAAACACAAACUACAUGAAAAAAGAGAGAAACACAAGAAAACUAUAUAUAAAAAAAUUCAUCACAAGAUACAGAACAAUACAGCAACAAUACAAAAAGAAUCAAACAAGUAAUGGAUGCACCUACUUAUUCCUUGAACCAAAAAUUAAACAUAAAUAAAAAUAUCUAUGGCAACUUUCAUUCCCUUUUAUAUGUUUCCAUUUUGGUACCUUUUGUCCCUUUUUCCAGCAGAUUUUUUUCUGUGGCUUAGACGUGGGAACUGUUCAUUGACAAACAGAAAUGGCGGACUCAGUGUGGACAAUCAACAAAAUUUCUGUGUUUGGUGUUAAUGUUGUUCACGUGUGAAAAGAUACAGUACUUGUGUAGAGAAUGUAAAUUUUAUGGCUAUAUUUUAAAAUUAGUGGCUAAUGGCAAGCACUAUUGUAAUUUAGGACCAUCGUUCUUACUUAAAAAAAACUCUUUAUUUUAUGAUUGUUUUCUUUUGUUUUUAGUUUGAUUUAAAUUUAUAGUUUUGAAAACUGAUCAAUGUCUGUCUUUCAAGGGAAAAGUAAAUAUUCAGAAAUCUACAAAUCUAGUUUUCUGAAUGAAUUGAACAGGAACAAAUAUGUAUUAAAAAAACCCUACUCCAGCGACAGUGAAACAUAAAAAUGCCAUUCUUUCUGUAGGGUUGUUACUACUGGAAGCUCCAAAUGUAACAUUUCGGUUAAUCUGUUUUACUGCACUGACAGCCUUUUAUUGUACUAUGUCAGAUUGCAUAAUAUCACAUCAUGUUACAUCACGUGAUAUCACGUUACAUAGGAAUCUGUGAUUUCACGUGAUGUUACAUUAUAUUACGGAUUGUCAGAUUAUUGUGUUCUCAGUGUACUGGUCUGAUUUUAUACGGAGCUCUCUACAGCAAUUGCUCGGCUCAAUUGAAUGCACUGAAUGAAAGAACUUCUUUUUUUUUCAUGACAUUUCCGGUAGCGUAAUCUUUUAAAAAAGAGCAGCAAUGUUUGUAUUGGAUUAGAACUAUGGGCUGGUUUUGUGAAUAAAAACAAAUGCAUGUAUUUGUGUCAAAGAUUUACAGCUCUGAUGUCUGUCUAUUUGCAUGUUUUUAAGAAACAGCAACAAACGUACAAAAAAAAAUAUAUAACAAUAUGGAAAUGUUCGCAAAUCCUAUAGGUUGUUCCAAACCGUAAAAUAAAAAGCUAUGGGACAAGAUAUUUCAUUUGGAGAUCAA